AUGAGCUCGCUGUGGUCCAAGGUAGCUCGUGUGCUCCCAUUCAAGCGUAACCGUCCCGUCGGCUACGACCUCCAAGGCAACAAAUACUUUGAGCACCCCGACGCCAACGGCGGGCGCGACCGCCGUGUUGUCGAGUACGCCGACGACAAGGGCAGCAUCACGGGCAAGGGCGAGGACUACCGCAAGGGCACGGCGCAGCUGCCCGUCCAGUGGACCGCUUGGAUGAGCUAUACGCGCGAGCUGCCGCCCACCAUGGCCGAGCUGCAAGUGGACGCUGCGCGCCAGUCACGCCUGCAGCCGCUCAUUGCCGCCAUCGAGGCCAGGGAGAAGGCAGAGCGCAUCGAGCAGGGCUACUUGCUCCCCGACGGCAGCGAGGUGCCCAGGUCCGACAUGGACAACCGCGUCCCGGCAAGUCUGUCGUUCCCCGGCCGCAGCGGUCCCGGAGCAAACUUCCUCCCUGGAGAGGGCAGGAAGAAGCUCGUCAUGCCGCCCCGCGAGGUCGCGCAGGCUGCUGGGUUUGACACCUCGCUCGCUCCCCCACGUGCGACUGUCGACCCGGCGUCGGCCGACGACGCCGCCGCGCUCCGCAAGCUCGCAGAGGACGACACCCGCCGUCGCCUGCGUGAGAGCGGCGUCGCCGAGAGUUCGGGCCAGGUCGACGGCGUCACGGGCGUCGGCCGCGCGUUCAAGCCAGCUCGUAGGAGGGGAUGA